GGGUAAUUACCAGUGUUAUUUAAGCUUUAAGACAUCACGUUGUAUCGAUUGAGCGAGGUCUAUAAACAAUACUAUAAAUGGUUUUUUUGAUGGCCUUGCUUAUUAUAAAUAAUAUGAAUUGUGGCUGAAGUUAAUCUAAGUGUUGUCUAUAAACAUGACGUGUUUUAUAGUGCUCUUGGUUAUUGCUAAUGUGCUGUGUGUUAAUUUUGCGGAUGCUGGAUUAGGAAGACGUCGAGUGAGACAAUAUUACAAUGAGCCAAUGAACUAUACAUUUUGUGAGACUCCACUACCCCCUAAACCUGACUUCUCGGCACCUGGCCGAAGGAUUAGUGAAGCGAAAUGCUUUGAGUACAUUUGGGAAUUAAAACAACGUGCGGAUAAGGAAUUAAAAGAAGAUAUAUGUAAUAGAUAUGAAUGGGAUAAUGUACCGGCUAUAAUACAUGGACAUAUCACAAAACCUGGGGAAUACCCACAUAUGGCUGCUAUUGGUUGGAAAGCAGCGAUUGGCACAUGGAUUUUCAAAUGUGGCAGUACUUUAAUCAGUACAAAGCAUUUAUUGACAGCUGCGCAUUGCUCCAGGGCAUCAAAACGUGACACAUCAUUGGCAGAUCCAGUACCCAAAAUUGUACGACUUGGGGAUAAAAAUAUAGUUGAUGUGUUUACCAACGGCAGAUUUCCUUAUGACGUGCCAAUCGAAAAAAUUAUAAAUCAUCCGAAUUUUGUGUCUCCAAAGAAAUACUUCGACAUUGCUAUCAUUGUAACUGAAAGAGAAAUAACCUUUUCGAAUUUGAUUCAGCCGGCGUGUUUAUGGAAUAGUUACGAUACAAGUAAAUUUUCAAAAGAAGCUACAGUCACGGGAUGGGGAGUCAUUGAAACAGCUGGAAAAACUACAUCACCUGAAUUACAAGCGGCGACUGUUGAUAUUAUAGAUUCAAAUCAUUGCAGUGAAUUACUUCAUACGUCUUGUAACAGAUUGUGGUGCGGCUUGCAGUCUCAUCAGUUGUGUGCGGGGAAAUUAGAAGGAGGAGUUGAUACAUGUCAGGGUGACUCGGGAGGGCCACUGCAGGCAAAAAUACCUUUGCCCGUGACAACGCAAAGUGCCAUGCACUUUAUUAUUGGCGUCACUUCCUUUGGCAUGGGCUGCGCGAGGGCAAACCUGCCCGGCGUGUACACUAGAGUGUCCAGCUUCGUUGAUUGGAUUGAGGACGUCGUGUGGCGAGGAUUGUGAUUGAAAUAAACCAAAAAUUAAAAAAAUGGCGUUUUAUUUGUUACUACAUAGUUUAUCAUUGAAGUCACUUU